UCCAUCUCAGAAAGGGCAGAAACCUUCAGCGAAACUUACAUCAAUCGUAUGUCACUCUCGCAAGUAGAGCUGGAAUACUUCAGGAAGAAGGAGGCCGAGCGAAUGAGCUAUGCACACACUGAACUUACGCCGCUCACGAGAGACGUCGGACACAAGUUCGCUAAGAACAACCCCUUCUUACCACUCGCAUCUGGCUCCUGGACAGAGAAGGCUGUACAGCGUGUCCAUAACCAACUAUGGAAGCUUGACACCUUCAACUACACAGCGCCUAUCAGUGUGGAGGCAUGGCGCUCGCAGUGAUCACUGAUGCAGAGAUAGAAAACUGUCGCAGUGCUGCUAGGAAUGGUACUAUCUACUUCCUAGCCAACAGAGGAGGUCUGGAUGCAGAAUUUCCACCAAUUGCGGGGCUCGAGAAGGGCAGAUGUGAAAACAGACCUCUCCUUCAUCAAAAGGGCAUCCCGAAGUUCCCUGCAGACCUCUCCGAACUCAAGAAGCCUUGGAACGCAGGCAGACCAUAUUUGAAGUGCACUUGCCCCGGAUGCGAGAAGAGCUUCACAUGGUUCGACCAUAUGAUAUGGUAUAUCAUUGGCAACCUAGACAGGAUCGACCCCUUUGCUCCAACAGACAAGAUCAGGAUGCUUGAGUUCCAAGCACUCCUGCGCACGACAUGGAGAAAGGCGAUUCUUGCGCAGAUCUCCGUCAUAUUCAUGAGAGAAUACAUGAUCAAGAUCGUGAACCUCCUCACACAGAAUAGAAGGAUAUCUGCAGAAGAAAUACUGGAAUACGAGGACUUCAGAUGCGUACCGUUCGUGCACAAGUUCACCGCUGCAUUGUUGCCCGACGCCGAAGGAUUACUAGCACAGACAGCAAACGCACGGCGAAAUGUGGAAGUCGAAGAUAAUUCACUGAGAAGAUGCAGACAAAUGAGGCUUGGCACUAUAAAGACCUAUCUCGCUGCAGAAUUGAAUGCUUUCUAUCGUUUGGGUGAGCAACAAAGUGCCUUCGAAGCAUGCAUGAGGUAUUUGAGCAAGGGUGAUUCAGCUGAGGUAAACGUCACAAUGUGGCAGUAUUUAGCUGGUGUUGACGUUGAUGGACCCCCUAUAUCUGGCCAGCAAUAUCAGGACUUGAUGGCAAGCUGUGAGGAGCUUGCAUAUCAGCAACAAGAGAAGUAUCAAAACUGCAACAGGUUUUGUGACCCGCAAGAAGCUUCUAUUUGCUGUGAUUCAUUGUAUCUCCCGGGCUUUGAUUUAACAAAUCUAGUAGGCCUUCCGCUGAAUGGGCCUAGGACAGAUGACACAUGGGCUAUACCUCUAAAUGAGACUUUUGGCAAGCCUCUGAUGACCAGGAUUGUGAUCUUUCAAGGUACCUUUUCCACACCUCUUGAUUUCCACAGGUUUCCCUUUGACACGCAGCAAUUACAGAUCGAAGUGAACGUGAUGGACUUGUAUUCAUACAUUGUUAAGAGCCGUUUGUACAGAGGCCAAACUGAUUCUCAACAAUCUCAGGCCAACAAUGGGAACUCAGUGGGGGUUAGUGGAGUUGGUAAAACCAUUCAGCGAAGUGAUGAGCUGGCAGGUUGGGAAGUGACAUCUAUGAGAUGGUCUUUCUCUGAGAACAACAAUGAAGAACCUUCAGUGACGAAUUAUGAAGAAUAUGCAACAAGUGAUCCAUGGAGACGAGUUCUAAAUGUUACGUCAGAGCUGGACUCAAGUACUGAAUCAAAUACCAACUUAACAUCAUGCAAAAUCCAGAUUCUCAUAAAGCGGACAUUCAAUUUUAACUUUUACACUAUUGUGUUCCCCAGCAUGUGUACUGUUUUCCUUGCACUGUUGCCACUCCUCCUGAGUCCAACUGAGAUCGAGCUUCGCUUCUCGUCAACGGUUACACUUUUCCUUGCACUUGUGGCCCUUCAAUACACAACUACAUCCUCGGCUGACCUGUGCCGCAGGCUGCCUUUGUUGCUGCUUGUCGCUGUGCUGCUGCUUGCCGUUGUCAUCUAUCAUAUCUGCAUCCUCGGUCGCAUCCCUGGGAGGAAACAGAGGCGGCGAACGACGAAGGCGACCGGUAAGAUGGAGAAGGUGCAGACGAAGAGGACGAUGUCCGUAGGGGCUGGCGGGUCGUCACGUCAGCGUUGCAGCUCUGCGGAAGGCGGCAGGCGGCCGUACGACCCGACGCUGUACAGCCACCUGCCGUCCCACGAGAUUCCAUUGCCUCCGAGUGACGACGACAGCGACGACCCCCGAUCCCGAUCAUCAACGGUUCCUCUGGGCAGCGGCUCGCCGCAGGAUUGGAUGGGGAGCCAGCUGUACAGACAGCCCUCGACGCCGACGUACACUGAUCUGCUGGAGGGGCGGAACCCAGUUGGUUAUGACGCAGGGCUCGUAGAUCUCAACUUCGGUUUGAGGUCUGGGAGUGGCCAGGACGUCACGCACACCGUUCUCGUGAACCCGGCUUCUGGCAGCAACCACACAGCGCCUUCGGUGGGGCCGUGGGGCCUUCCUGACACCCGCGGCCGGGGUUCUGGUCAGUCGGGCGACGAACGUGGACUGGUUUCGCGAGGGCGGGGGGCAGUGGGCACAGCAGGUGUUCGCGCGUCGGGGACGAGGACAUGUGGAUCGACAACGGCAGCCGACGCAGUCCACCGAGGACGGGAUGACGAUGACGGCUACGCUGCGGAGGUCGUGGGGCGAGAGGUUUGGGAUGAUUACCGGCGACAAUCGCGUCAAUCUAGCACGUCCGCCAUAACGAGAGGGGUGGCGAAGAUCAAUGUAGGGGCGGACGACACACCCGGCGAUUGUGACGGUGCGGGUGGUGAAGAUUGCUCGGCAGGCGACGGGGGCAAUGACAACGACGAGGACGAGGAUGGGGAGAUGGAGAUUCUUGCGGACGACAUGGCCCCGAGGAACCCAUCAGUGAAGGCCAGGAAAGAUAGCGGGGCGGGCGACAGGGGGGAAACCCAGAGAGGCAGAGGGCACGUGCCUAGGUCGAAAAGGCAGCGCGUUAAAGAGGCGAACUCCGACCACACAGGAGACUUCCAGCCAGAAGAAGUGCUGAUGGUGGAUUCGCAAGGGACUUCAGCGGUGGCGCGAUUGGGUUUCGGGCGGGAUGGGGUGUCGAAGGAACAGUUGUCCGCUCCGAAGAAGAGCAUUGCUGUUGGUGCUGUCGGGGCGUCGCAAAGGACCCCGAAGGCAGCAGGGGUUGUCAUAACGGAGGUGCGCGUGCCGAGGCAACUUCCUGCGGCGGCGGGGCAGGGCCAGCCACGUCAGGCACUCCCCCUGCAACAGGUGGGGGCUUCAGGGGGAGGGAAAGCACAGUCCGAGCAAAAGGGUGAUGCAACGGAGAUCGACACUCAAACGGCGGCGGCGGAUCACAACAAUAGAAGCGGAGUCGCCGAAGCCGCAAAGGAGGAUGGUCUGGAGGAGAGAUCGAAGUUGUGGGUUGAUUGCGACUCUUUCUGGGGUCAGGGACCGGGGAAACCCUUGAGGGAGGCGGUUGGCGAGUGCGCGGACUACUUCAUCGCCAUCGCCAACGGAGACGCAGGAGCUGAACCGCCUGCGAUGCUCAUAGUGCCGCAGAACGACGUGCUGCGCUUCAAGAUCGAGAACCCUGCGCAGCGUGAACCGGCUCUGCGCAGAGCGCGCAGCGUGGAGAAACUGCUGCUGCGCGCCAUCCACGGCUGGAUCUUCAAAUCGUCGUCGCGGUCGGCUGGAUUCGCUCGUGCAGAGUCAUACAUCAGCGUCGACAUUGCCACGGACGUCGCACGAGCAGUUUGGCAGGGGCAGGAAUGGUCGACUGCACUCGUGUACCACACUCUGGCGAUGAAGAUGGACAUGCCUCUGUGGUUCGCGGGGGUGAAGAUUGUGGAUCGGCCCGAGGACGACGACAUUGCGGCGCGGCAGGAGAAAACAGUUCUUCGCGUCGCGGAGUGCUGGACAAAUGCACUCUGGUGUGGACAAUGGGCGGACGGCGGUCGCGUGAAACAGGAGAGGUUGUCUAGGCUUGCGGACUGUCUUCGAGCGUUGUUGAGCGCGUGCAUGUGGAUCAUGCGCAUGCGUGGUGAUGACGGCCGUUCGCACUACGAGGCGUGCCUUUACUCGUCCAUGGUCGCCAAACCGACAAUGAUAGCGGCAGGGUCGUACAUCUUCAACUGGCGGCGAGACAUCGUCGACAACGCGAACCUCGUCUUGGAUCGUAUAGGGAAGGCUCACCUCACGCUGGGAGAAUAUCCGCACUACAUUCCGGAAUGGUGUGACUGUGGGUUGGUGUUCGGCCACAACGCGGCCCUGAAGAACGCGGCGGAAGCCGCAAAACACGGAUGGAUCGGCAGCGGGCCCGCGGCGGAGGAAGAGGGAGACGAGGACGGUUGACACGUGGGUGCGUCCGUGACGCAGCGUCAGGGUGCGGAUCGUCGACUGAUUGGAGCAUUGAAAGACACAACGA